GCAAGUCCGGAGUUCCGCUCAUCUUCUUCUCACAGCAAUAUCCCUCCCUUUUCCUUUCUCUCACUACAAUGUAUCGGUAACGUCUGAAUAGAUCCGGAUUUUCCUGUGUCGAUCCCGAAAAACCCAUUGCCUUUUUCAUCUCCGCAAGAUUCGCCCUCCCAUUACUUCUUCUCUCUCUUUGGAUUCGCGUACAGAUUCCAAUAGCUCGGAGAAGAAGAAGAAGGAACCGACAUGGGUUUGAGAUCGAAUGCCUAUCUUUACCUCUUUGCCCUCUUACUUGUUUUCGCUGCCCAAUUGAUUUCUGCUCAGGAAAUCAUUGAUGAGGCUGGAAAAGAAGAGUCGAGCGGAAGGAUUGGAGAUCUGGGUCGCCGCAGUAAAAUUAUUGUUGAAAAACUUAAGACUGGUGUUCUACAAGAGGAAAAUGAUCCUGAUUCUGUGGGCCUUGCCCUCGACUUGGACACAGGUCUUGGAGUAUUUGAUGCCUUCAUUGCAAGUUUGUCGAUGAUCAUUGUCAGUGAGAUUGGCGAUGAGACAUUUAUAAUAGCAGCUCUUAUGGCAAUGCGUCACCCUAAGUCAAUUGUUCUAUCUGGUGCCCUGAGUGCCUUGUUUAUAAUGACAAUACUUUCAACUGGACUUGGCAGGAUUGUGCCUAACCUGAUAUCAAGGAAGCAUACUAAUAGUGCAGCUACAGUUCUUUAUGCAUUUUUUGGGCUUCGACUACUUUACAUUGCGUGGAGGUCAGAUUCAAAAGCUUCCCAGAAAAAAGAAAUAGAGGAAGUAGAAGAGAAACUCGAAGCUGGACAGGGGAAAACAGCAGUUAGGCGUUUCUUUUCUAGAUUCUGUACACCAAUAUAUUUGGAGUCAUUCAUCUUAACCUUUCUGGCAGAAUGGGGAGAUCGCAGCCAGAUAGCAACAAUUGCUCUAGCUACCCACAAAAAUGCAAUUGGAGUUGCUGUGGGUGCCACGAUAGGACACACUGUAUGUACCUCUUUGGCAGUGGUGGGAGGAAGCAUGCUGGCCUCCAAGAUUUCACAGCGGACAGUAGCAACAGUCGGGGGCUUGCUGUUCCUUGGUUUUUCCUUGUCAUCGUAUUUCUACCCACCUCUAUAACUACCCCAGAUCAUAGAUACACGCAAUACUUUAGGACUGCCUUCACUUGUUUUUUGCUUUUGGUUUUUGGGACUAAAAUUAAAAAAUUUUAGCAGAAGCCCUUUUGGUCAUUCUUAUUUUUUGUUCAAAUUUUUGCAACAAUGUAAGCAUGUGGAUAUAUGUUUGUAUGUGCAUUACAGAGAUCACUGAAAUAGUUGGUUAUUUGGUAAGGAAUCCUAGUAGUAGUAUUUGAUUAUUUUCUCAAA